AUGGCCCUUGUUGUGCCGCCGGCAAAUGACCGCAAGCGAGUCAAGGUCUAUGAGCUGAAGAACAAUGAUUGGUUUGACAGAGGCACAGGCUUCUGCACUGGCCAAAUUAUUAAUGAUGAACCUCGCAUUUACGUUGAAUCGGAAGACGAACCAGACCGAAUGCUUUUGGAGACGAGAAUAGCAAAGGAUGAUGGCUACCAGAAACAACAAGACACCUUGAUCGUCUGGACGGAAGCCAAUGGAACGGACAUGGCUCUGAGUUUUCAAGAAGCAGAGGGAUGCGCAACUAUUUGGGAUUUUGUAAGCCAUGUGCAGCAGCAGCUGAUUGCUUUGGCUGGACCUGAUGAUGCGCUUUCUGAUGAUGCCGUUGACGGCUUCGCACAACCUGUGACAUUACCAUCGCCCGAGCUUGGUAACCUGCCAGAAAUUGAGCAAAUCAUGCGAGCUGCAAGCAGUACUACGCCAGGUCGUGACUCGCUGUCAAAAUUUAUCAUCGCCGAAGAUUACAUUACAAAGCUGCUCCCUCUUGUAUCUGUUGCCGAAGAUCUGGAGAGCUUAACUGACCUGCACCGCCUCUGCAACAUUAUGAAAACUUUGAUCCUGCUCAACGAUACGGCGAUUAUUGAAUCGGUCGUGACGGACGAAAUGGUUCUCGGUGUGGUUGGCGCUUUGGAAUACGAUCCCGAUUUUCCGACCCAUAAAGCGAACCACCGACAGUAUCUGUCUGACGAAUCGAAAUUUAAAGAAGUCGUGCCCAUUGACGAUCCAGUCAUCAAGAAGAAGAUCCAUCACACCUAUCGGCUGCAGUACCUGAAGGAUGUCGUCCUUGCCCGCAUACUUGACGACCCCACAUUCUCCGUCCUCAAUUCCCUCAUCUUUUUCAAUCAGGUCGACAUUGUGCAACAUUUGCAAGCGAAUGGCCCAUUCCUGAAAGAGCUCUUUUCCGUUUUCAGUCCGCAGGAGAAGAACCAGCAACGAAAAAAGCACGGUGUCCAGUUCAUUCAGCAAUGUUGCGCAAUCGCCAAAAACCUCCAAGCCCCAGCGAGAAGCCAGCUCUAUCAACACUUUAUUGAAGGAGGGCUCUUUCCGGUCAUCAACUUUUCACUACGACACGAGGAUACCCUAGUGCGAAUAGCCGGUACCGACGUUUUAGUCGCAAUGAUUGACCAUGACCCUGCCAUGGUUCGAGCGCACAUCUUUCGAGCCAUCAAUGAAAAAUCGACACCUUUGACAGACACACUCAUUGAGCUGUUACUUGUUGAAGUUGAUCUAGGAGUCAAAUCACAGAUCGCCGACGCCAUCAAAAUCCUACUAGAUCCUCAGUCGAGCCCACCAGGGGCCGAAGGCCUUGGCAGGGCAGGGAGCGAGUUUCUCUCUAAAAUGCGUGGGGGCGCUCCGACAAACCCCCAAACCGAAUCUUUCAUCCAAAGUUUUUACGACGAGUCGGCAAAGAAACUGUUCCAGCCUCUGAAGAACCUUGAACAUCGAGAAUCAAUGCGCAAUUUUAGCAUUCAAGAAGUGUCACUCUUUUCCCAUCUUGUUGAAAUUUUAUGCUUUUUCAUUAGACAGCAUAUGUUCCGGAGUAAAUAUUUCAUUUUGUCUGAGGGUCUUACAUCUCGUGUAGCACAGCUUCUGGCUGCUCCAGAGAAGCAUUUGAAAUUAAUGGCGUUGAAAUUUUUUCGCACUUGCAUCGGACUUGGAGAUGAAUAUUACAAUCGACAGCUCAUCCAACAUCACCUUUUUGAACCUAUACUCAAUAUCGUUUUCGAGACAAUGCCUCGAGACAAUCUCCUCAACUCAGCCUGCCUAGAGAUGUUCGAGUAUAUUAAGCGGGAAAACAAUAAACAAAUAAUAACGCAUCUUGUUGAUAAUUAUCGGGAUAGACUGGAGGAAAUAACCUACGUUGACACGUUCCAAGGUCUGGUUCUUCGCUACGAUCAAAUGAUGGGAUAUGUACCAGAGUUGGCGAAUACUGUCGGGAAGCAAGAACCAGAGACUUCAGCAAGGGCGCAUAUUAAUGGUGGCCAGCGCUGGCAAGGCGUCAAAGAAAUGGACGCCGCUGAAGAAGAUUACUUUAACACAUCGGAUGAUGAAGAAGAGACACCCGCCUCAGCCACCGCGACAAGCGGAGCGAACGGUGCCUCUUCUACAACCGUCAGACCCCUCGUGGACUAUCCGGAUGACGAAGAGGACGACGAGAGUGGCGAAGCAAUGGAUACUUCUCGUGAUCGUGAGCCCGACGCAAGCGCAUCGCUGCCUGCAGAAGAACAACAGCCAUCCGCCUCCUCAACGUCGCCAUCACCAGCGGCAGCAUCUGCCGCCGCUGCUGCAGCUGCAACUGCCCCUCCUCCCGAGCGCCUUUCCGAGAAACGGAGGCGUGAAGAAGACGAAGAAGACGAGCUAGGAAAGUUGUCACAGACAAAACGACGUAGUUCGUCAAUUGGAAGUAGCGGUAGUGCUCGCAGCGUGAGCGCGAGUUUUGCCGUCGGUGGAACGACUCCCAGUAUGGGAGAGGGCGAAGGAGGAAGCUUAUUGCGUCGCCGGAGAAGUCUGAAUAACAGCAAUACCUCGAUUGGAGCUGGAGCUAGAUCUGGAUCUGAAUCUGGCAGAGACCGCUCUGCCUCACCUUCGUCAUCUUCUUCCCCCGCGGGCGGGCCCAAGAAGAUUUCGAUAUCACUUUCGAUCAAGAGCUCGGGAAGCGGGAAAAGUGGCGGGAAAGACGGAAGCCCAGAUUCUACGCAAGCGGCCGCAGAAAACGUAGAGACCUCGACCUCGCGUCAGGACAAAGGAGGAUAA